AUGUUUCAAUUGUUACUUGAUAUUUUGGUUACUAGGUUUCAAUUGUCAUUGGAUCAAAUGGGUAUUGUGGCUGAUGAAGGGGCUCGUCUUGCCAAUCUUUGCAGUACUCGAAUGGGUCGAGCACAGCAAAUGUGUAAAGAGCGAGCUGAUGCUAUUAUGACAAUUGAUUCCUUCCUGAGGAACAUAUCAGAGAUGGAGAAGAAAAUUCGUGACCUCAACAAACAGGUCGAUAAGCUUACUCGUUUCUGUAACCAGACAGAGCAAGCGAUGACAUAUUUGGAAGCACUUUGCCAAAUCGUGAGGACCGAAAACGAGGUUUUGCUAUCUCGGAAGGUGGAACGCUCUGUAUUAUCAAAUAAAAACCUCUUCACUCCAUAG